AGCGCGGCGAGCAGGGGUCGACCAGGACCAGCAAGGCGCACGGCCAGCGGACGCCGCAACAACGUGGCGCCCGGAGCAACAGUCGCCUGCGUCAGGAACACAGCAGCAGCAGCGGGAUCAGUAACAGCCAGGUCGGCAUCGGCGGCGGAGAGGAUCGAUCUGUUGGUCUGCGGAGGCCCUCGCUCACACACGCUAAGAGGACGCACUCAACCCCUGCUCUUCUAGAUGAGUCCUUGCGUGCAGCCGAACGGGUUGUCUUGAGUAGUACGGGAGCAUCCCUCGCCCACAACAACCACCACGACGGGUACGCUGCGCGCGACGACGAUGAGCUGGCCGGAGCGAUAGGCGCUGUCCGCAUCUAUCACCGCUUCCAACGCCCCGAAGUGGAGCAGUCGGAACCCCAGCCGCCUGAGAUCAACAUUGCUGUGAUCUCUGCUGGAGACGUCGGCAAAUCCACCUUCAUUAAGGCAGCCCUCGACCUCAACAGCCUACCCCGAUCGCAAGCCGCUGAGCGUCGUUUCCCCUUCGAAGGUCGCCCGUACCUCCUACGUCUGCUGGAGCUGGACCUCAACGAGAUUGACACAAACAACGAUGGAACGAUCGAUUGGCCAGACUACAUUGAGGAUAGGGUAAUGCCCCAGGUCAAUGGUGCAUUAGCCCUGUACAGCUGCGAGGAAGCUAGUAGCAUUCGAGAUCUGCGAGAUAUACUCAAGGCCGUCACCAAGUCAUCAUUGCCAACUGUGCUUGUUGCAACCAAGUGCGACAUCCCUACGAGCGAACGAAAAGUCGAGCCCAGCGUUGUGGAGCAGAACACAAGGCGGAUCAACAAGAACAUUGCUACCUUGCAGGUCUCAGAGCUUAACCCAGACGGAUACAAGCGUGGUAUAUCGAUGCUCAUGAAUGCCAUUGUCCACGCAACGCCAACAGAACAACCCUCGGCGCUGAAAAGAGCAACGUCUCUCCGGCGUAGAGCACAGAGUAACUCACUCACUCCAGCCUCUCCCCGUCCCUCUCUUACCGGACAUUCACGAGCCAGCUCUGAACAUACUGUCAAGAAAGAUCCAAACCACAAUCGUGUGGACUCCAGCUUUCCUGCAUAUUCUGCUGGCGAGCGUCUUCGUGUGCCUUGGGACGAAGAACAGAUGAACGGCACAUUUUUCAACGAGGAGUCGGCAAGCGAGCCCUCCGCAACCUCAUCACGAUCGUCCAUCAGCACAGAUGUUCAAUCAGUAGUGCCUGGGGCCUCUCCCACCUCAGCGCUGGCUGAAAAUGGCGCGACUUUCGAUGAGCUGGUCGAUCGACUACUAGAUCAGCCUACCUCGCGGGCUGAUAUGAAAUUUGCGUCAAUCUUCCUGGCUCUGUAUCGCAAGUUCGCAGCUCCUGGAAAGCUGUUGGAAGCUAUUGUACAGCGCUUCGACACAUUAGAGCAGACAGGUGCGCCCAUGAUGAUGAAGUCGACCACACAGCUUCGAUAUCUUGCUGUCAUCGAGAAAUGGGUGACCUCAUAUCCAGGUGAUUUCGCUUUCUCUCGGACACGGCGUCGCCUGCAAACCUUUGCACACAAGAUCUCUGACACACGAAUCUUCACCGCUGCUGCGAAGGAAAUUACUGUGGCACUGGAAUCUGUCAACGAGGACGACGAUACCAAUUGGGCUGUCAACGACAAGGACAGAGAAGCUGCAGGCGACCAUUCUCGAAGCUCAAUGGCCUCGACUGCAAGCACACUAAUUGACGACCCGAUCUUCACAUUCGAUACAGAGCUUAGCGGCACAACGCUGAGCUGCGAUUCCGACAUCUACACUGGACCAAAGAUCUCCAAUCAGAUGAUUGCAUAUGUUGAGCAAGCGCAAAGACAUGCGCGAGAAUUGCAACCAAUACAACGCAAUACACUGACCAAGAUUCAAUGGCGGGCUCUUCUGGACCAACCUGAUGAGCUGAUCGCGCGUGAGCUUACGAGAAUAGACUGGAUCAUGUUCUCGUCGAUACGGCCACGCGAUCUGGUACGUCACGUUUCGCUCUCCAAAGAACAAAAACAAUCUUGCCGUAACUUGGCUCAUGUUGAGCGAAUGGUCGAGCACUUCAAUCAGAUCGCAUGCUGGGUAGCGAACUACGUCCUGUUGCACGAUAAGCCUAAGCACCGGGUGUUGAUGCUGGAGAAGUUUAUGCGAAUAGCACGUAAACUGAGAGAGCUCAACAACUACAACGCGUUGGGUGCCGUUAUUGCUGGCGUCAAGUCGACAUCAGUGCACAGGCUGGCAGCGACACGUGAACUGGUGCAGCCCACCGUGGGCAAGGACUGGCUGAAACUUGAGAUCCUGAUGGCGCCGUCACGAUCACAUUUCGCAUACCGACUUGCGUGGGAGAAUAGCUCGGGAGAACGGAUUCCCUAUUUACCAUUACAUCGACGCGAUCUGGCUACAGCAGAGGAAGGUAAUAAGACCUUCCUUGGCGACGACGGUCGCAUCAAUUGGAAGAAGUUUGAAAUCAUGGGCGAUGUCAUUGUCAGCUUGCAACGAGCACAAGGCAUGCCCUACAAGAACCUGGGAGGACUACAAGGGAAUCAGCAAAUCAAGGAGCUCGUGCUCGAUGUCAAGCUCCUGAAAGAUGAAGACGAACUUUAUGAACGCAGCACGCAGGUCGAGCCUCCUGCAAACGCCAACGUCGGACCAUCGGCAAAAUUCAAGUCAUUCUUUCAGCGAUAAUGCGUCAAUGACAAACGAAGCACGAUUGGAUACCGACCUUCAACAACGAGCGGGUGAACUGUCACAAACACCUCGCGAAUACCUACAUAACAACACGACACUGAUGAGCGAUGAUAUUGAAAUAUAUACCCUUCUGUGGCAUUUAAGUUCUAACGGAAUCGGAGGCAACUUUGCAAUUUGGGAACCCUGUUUGGCGCUGGAUCAAUUAGGACUUUCCGGCUGGUGUUUGGACACAUUUGUGUGCAGAGAAGAGAUCUGUCGAGGGGGAAAAGAUCUGACUUGUACCUUGUGUGUGGAUAUUGAUUAUGUAGCUAGAUGUAGUUGCAUGGCCUCGCGGCGCAAAAAGGGAAUGGUGGACAAAACAUGGGAGUGGGUGGACUAUCAGGAUCCAAGGCAAAGCGCACUUUGGCGCUUCGAUCGUGGUUUGAGAUCGGGAUUCGAAGUGCAGUUCAUGAAACGGAUCGUCAAUCGUCGUCGUG